AUGCCUGAAGACUACCAGGAGGUCUACAGAGGGACAAAAAAUGAUGUCAAAGAGAUCCCAAAGAUUGCAAAGCCCUUCAUUUCAGAGAUGAUCUUCGUGCAAACCAGCAUCACUGCUAUAAGGAAAGGUGCCUUCAGGUACAUGCCCAGCCUGAUCAAGAUUUUGUUUAUUGGCAACAAGAUCAAGACAGUAGAACCUGGAGCCUUUGAUGGUUUGGAGAAGCUGAGGGACUUGGAGAUCUCUGGUGCCUCCUUAGAAGAACUAGCUGUGGGCACUUUCCAAAACCUCCUGAGCUUGCAAAGGCUGGAGCUGAGAGACAGCCACCUCAGACACAUCCCCAAAGGUCUGUUUGAUGGGCUGGAGAAUUUGAGAGAGCUGUCCCUGCACACCAAUGCAAUCCCUGCUCUUCCAGAAGGCAUUUUUGAUUCUCUUGUCAAUCUAACAUUUUUGGACCUGGCUAGAAACAGGAUCACGGCUCUUCCUGGGGAUGCCUUUAGCAAACUCCCCCAUCUGCAAGUCCUCCGUCUGUAUGAGAAUGAGCUGCAGGACCUCCCGGAGGGGCUGCUAGAUGGUCAGCCAGGGCUGCUGGAGCUCAGCCUCCAGAGGAACAGUCUCAGGGCGCUGUCACCCAUGCUCCUGAGGAGCCUGCCUCACCUGGAGAAACUGCUCUUGGACAACAACCUCAUCGGGGCUCUCCCGCUCCAGGGCUUUUUUGGUCUAAACAAAUUGAAGCUGCUGACUCUGGAUUCAAACCACAUCGCUGAGCUCCCCUGCUGCCUAUUUGACACCAUGCCACACAUGCGUGAGCUGGACCUGAGCGAGAACCAUUUGGCCACACUUCCAGAGAGCGUCUUUGUCAACCUCACAUCUCUCGGCAAACUUAUCCUGUCACACAACCAGCUAGCAGCCCUGCCAAGAGGAGCCUUCACUGGGCUCAGCAAACUCUCGGACCUCCAGCUAGACAGAAAUCAGCUCUCUGCUCUGGAUGGUGAAGUCUUUGCUUCUCUCCCAAAUCUGAAAACCCUCAACCUUAGGAAGAACCAGCUGGAGAGUGUCCCCCGAGGGCUCCUGGACCCCCUGAAGAAGCUCAGCUCAGUGUAUCUGAGUGGAAACCCAUGGAGAUGUGACUGCAACCUCUGCUACUUGCACAGCUGGAUUCUGGACAACAGUGAGAAAGUUAAAUUAUCCAGCCAAGUGUCAUGCAAGAAUCCACCCCACCUGGCAGGCUUCUUUUACCCCAUCUCUGCCAUUCACCUCCACAUCAUCACAAGGGUUGUCAACUUUGCUGUCACCUGGAACCUUGUCCACUGCAGCAUCAACCAUACUGCCAACUGUGCUGUCACCUGUGACUACCUCUGCCAUGUUGCCAACCGUGCCAGUGGACACCUUUGUCACUGCUCCAUCACCAACCAUGCCAUCUAA